ACAAAUGACUCGGCAUCAUUUCGUUUCGGCGUCAAAUUGAGCAAGAAAAUUGUUUAACAAUUAAAGACCAGACACACAAGAAAAAUAAUAAUGUCUUCGGCCGAUAAGGAAAAGGAUAAGGAUAAGGAGGAGACGAAUCAGAAGAGUGAAGACUUGGGUCUGCUGGAGGAAGACGAUGAGUUCGAAGAGUUUCCCGCUGAAGAUUUUCGUGUGGCCGACGAUGUGGAGGAGCCCAAUGUGUGGGAGGACAACUGGGACGAUGAUAAUGUCGAGGAUGAUUUCAGUCAACAGCUGAAGGCACACUUGGAGAGCAAGAAAAUGGAUACAUAACCACAAAAAAUAGCAGAGACCGCGAAUUAGAAAUAAUCAAAUGAAAAUAUAUUAAGAACUUAAA